CGGGUCCAGCCCAGCUUACCUGGCCGCCCGCGGGGCCCGGAGUUGAUCCUAAAGCAGGUCCACCCCGCAGGGGCUGGGGCGGCCCCCGGGGUGGGGAGAAGCGCUGGCUGUGUGGGUGCGCAGCGGGGCUCCCCCUCGGAGACGCCUCGGGGAGACCAAGUGGGGCGCCGACCCCUACGGGACUCGGGCCGGGGCGCGCCCUGUCGCCGGCACGGCGAGGGAGGACGGACGGGCCGCCCGCCAGCCCCGGGGGGAACCACGGGGCGGGGAGCGAUCCGCAUUGCAGGUGUACCGGGAGCGCCCUGGGGCCGAGCCCGAGACGCGGUGGGCGGAGGCCGUCCCGUCCCGCAGGCUUGAGCUCCCCGGGAGGCUGGAGACCCUCCCCCGUCCCUGGAUGUCAGCAUGGCUGCCAUGAACCUGGAGAACCAGCUGCACAGUGCGCAGAAGAACCUGCUCUUCCUGCAGCGGGAGCACGCCAGCACACUCAAGGGGCUGCACGCCGAGAUCCGCCGGCUGCAGCAGCACUGCACAGAUUUAACAUAUGAGCUGACCAUCAAAAGUUCCGAACAGACAGGCGACGGCUCCUCCAGGAGCAGCGAGCUGAAGAGGCGUUGUGCCGAGCUGCAAGCCCAGCUGCAGGCUAAGGAGGAGGAGAACGAGGAGCUGCUGAAGGAGCUGGAGCAGAAGAGCGCCAUGAUGGCUGUGCUUGAGAACACGAUCCGGGAGCGGGAGAAGAAGUACCUGGAGGAGCUCAAGGUGAAGAGCCACAAGCUGGGCCUGCUGUCUGCAGAGCUGGAGCAGCGGGCCGACACGGUGGCCUACCUCACUGCGCAGCUGCACGCCGCCAAGAGGAAGCUGCUGAGCUCCAGUGGCACCUCGGACACCAGCCCGGCCGGCAGCCCACUGGCCAGCUACAAGCCAGUGCCCCCCAAAGACAAGCUUCCCGAGACGCCUCGCCGCCGCAUGAAGAAGAGCCUCUCGGCCCCCCUGCACCCCGAGUUUGAGGAGGUCUACAGGUUUGGGGCGGAGAGCCGCAGACUGCACCUGCGAGAGCCGGUGGACGCCAUGCCUGACCCCACCCCGUUUCUGCUGGCGCGGGAGUCGGCCGAGGUCCAGCUCAGGGAGAGGCCUCUGGUCAUCCCGCCCAUCGCCUCAGAGCGCGGGGCCGGUGGGCAGCAGAGCCCGGCCCGGGAGAAGCCACACAAGGCCCAUGUCGGGGUUGCACACCGCAUCCACCACGCCAGCCCGCCACAGGCGCAGCCCGAGGUGGAGACGCUGGCGGUGGACCAGGUGAACGCAGGGAAGGUGGUACGGAAGCACUCAGGGACGGACAGAACUGUGUGAAGCCGCCGCCAGCCGCGCCGUCCAUGCACUGUGAGCGCCAGGGGGACCGCGCCACCUCCCCUCCCCAUGCAUGCCAAACCGCUUCACACCGCCCGACAGGACCGCGCCGCUGCCGCUGCAGAGCUGCCCUCGCUCCAUUGCCGCGCCACUACUGGCUUCCAGCCUCACCCGCCACCGAUGUACACGGGCAGAGCAAUGUGUCCCCCACCCACCCCGAUUCCAGGGCAGCCUGUGCAGAGCGGCGCUCCCUCCUGGAGACCCCACCCCACGCCCAGGUGGCGCCAGCGCCGAGCCGCGCAGAGAAGCCCCCAUGUAUGUCCCAGGAGCUAAAUAAGAUGAUGUUUCUCCUCACGUCGCACAACCCAAACGUGUGUUCAUAUUUUCUUUGUUAGUUUUACCCAAAAUGUUCAAGAUCCCAACAAACUUUAUUUUCUAA